AUGGCAGGAGCCGCAGAAAAUACUGCUGCUGUCAUUGUGGUGAAUCAGAGACCCCCUUCUAUCCGUGCAAUGGAAGGGUCAGAGUUCACCAUCGAGUGUACAUUCUACGCAAGCAAUAAUUCAUUCAAGUGGUUUGCUGAAUGGAAUAAAACCAGAAACAAUGUAACAGCCAAGGUGAACAAUGGAACAGAUCGAAUCAUAUUAUCAACAGAUAGAGAAAAGAGGUCUCUUUCCCUCACUGUGAAGAAAGCCGACGUCACUGAUUCUGGAACCUACGUAUGUGGGGUUGGGAGCAAAAAUGGGACAUCUCCUGGGACUGGAACCCAAGUGACCAUCGAUGAAAUUACGGACCUGAUGGUGAAUCAAACCCCAACCAGUGUCAGUGAUUUGGAAGGCUCAGAACUCACCAUGAAUUGUACAUUCAAGACAGUCAAUAACCACAGCCCCAUGUAUUUGCGAUGGUAUAACUAUGGGACCGAGGGACUAAAGCAAGAGCUGGUGAAGGAGAGUGAAGUGAUCACAACCCUGCAUUUGGACAAUGGGUUUGCCUCUCUCACUUUGAAGAAUGUGAAUUCAUCUAAUACAGGAACCUACGUGUGUGAGGUGGGGAUCACAGCAAGGAACCUCUCUGGGAAUGGAACAGGAACCCAAGUGACCAUCGAGAAACUUCCCAAGCUGAUGGUGAAUCAGACCCCAGCCAAUAUCCAUGAAUCAGAAGGGUCAGUUCUCACCAUGGAGUGUAGAUUCACGGAAUUGAAAAACCACAGGACCUUGUAUGUGAAAUGGUAUAAACAUAAUGGAACUGGAGCAACGAAAAAGGAGCUGAUGAGCGAAAGAGGCGGGGGCUCAGCAGCCCUGGAUUUGGAAAAGGGUUUUGCUUCGUUCACUCUGAAGAACGUGAAUGUAACCGAUACAGGAACCUACGUGUGUGAGGUGGGGAGCACAGCUAGGAACUGGUCUGCGUCUGGAGCCGGAACCCAAGUGACCAUCACUCCUGUUGACCUGCUGGUGACUCAGAGCCCUGCCUUUGUCAAUGAAGAGGAAGGGAAACAGCUGACCAUAGAAUGUAGAUUCAGGGCCCUGGAGAAACCCAGCGCCAAGUACUCUGUUAAAUGGUAUAAAAACGGGACUGAUGGACACGAGCAGGAGCUGAAAAACAGAACAGGCUCAGUCAUGACAAUUCUAGAUUUUUCAGCGGGCCUGGCUUCUCUGAACUUGACUAAAGCCAGCAUGAGUGAUUCUGGGUUCUACAGAUGUGACUUUGGUAAAAAUGGCCGUGGGAAUGGAACGAGAGUGACGAUCCAUGAUAAAAGGAGAAAUGCCUCCCACGUUCUUUUCAUCAUCCGGAUGCUUCUCGGGGCCCUUGUUAUAAUCUUGGCUGUGAUUAUUAUUACAGAGUGCGUGAUCUCAGAAAAGAGGGCUGCUGUCAGUCGGACAAUAUGAGGAUCAGCUGUUACAGCGUACACCUGGAGAUGGAGCUCUCAGACACCUGGUACCCAGGCGUUCCCCCCAACACCGUGUUGAGCAUCCUGCCUGCUAGAUUCUGCACCUGCAAAUAAACCUUGAUCUGAAUGGAAGGGAGGGGAGGGGAUGCUGGAUAAUUGGAAAGGGAGUUCACGGGUGUUCAUAUUAAAAAGACUCCUCCCUGACACCCCUCUUUGAGGCAGCAGAACCCGGUGAUCGCUGAUGGCUUAGGCAGUCUCAGUGGCAUCUGAGCCAUAGGAAAACAGGAGAUGAACAUUUCUGUCACCUAAAGAUUCCGCAUUGUGCUACCUAGCAAUCACUUUAGAGGUUCAUGGAACCCUUGAAGUGAAGAUGCUCAGAAGACGAGCCAAAAACUCUUCCCUAUAAUUGGUUCAGCUGCUUGUCAGUCAAAGAGGAAAUGGAAACAUCUGCUGGGAAUUGCUGUUCCGUGGGUUCAGACGGCCCCCUUGCUGAAGUCAACCAGCGCACAGUUAACCACACGCUUAAGCGUUUGCAGGAUUGAAGCCUCUAUAAGGACCAUGUUUUUAUAACUGGUUUUGUUAAUUGUUUUACACAUGCUGCUCUAGUAGUUAGAUUGUCUUAUACCCGAGGCUAAGGCUAUGCACUUCCAAAGUGUUUUAAUACAAUUCUGAUAACUCUGGCUAUUCUUGAUGUCCCUAUAAAUACACAGUCCUUUUUUGAAUCUUUCUGUGCUCUUGCUCGCACUGAUUUCUUGUGGCAGUGAGUUCCACUGUUUAAUCACACAUUAUGUUAUAGUAUUUCCUUUUAUCAGUUUGAAUUUCCCAAAUUCUAAUUGAGUUGAAUCUCUCCUUGUUCUUUUGUUGCAUGACAGAGAGAACAGAACUUUCCAAUCUACCUUCUCUAGACCAGUUAGUAUUUUACAUGUCCUCUCCUGUUCAAAUCACCUUUCUCAGGUAAACAAUCCCAGUCUUCUCCAUUUCUCUUCUUAGUACAAUUUUUCAAUGACCUUGAUCUCCCUCAUCGCUGUUCUCUGAACCCCACAAUAUUCUUUUUCAGAGCAGGUGAUCCAGACUGAAAUUGAUA